GGAAUUGGUAUGGUCGGCAGGGUCGGCUGCUACCUUAGGUUUAGCUCCUUGUGAAUUUGGUAUCUUGUGAAUUCGGAAUUGGUAGAGGUUAAAGCGUCAGUUUAUUUAUCAAUGACUAUUUUCAUUACAUUCAAGCUAAUUAAAUGAAUGAUUACGCAUUAGUGUGAAAAUUCACAUCAGCUGUACUGGUAGAUGUGUAAGAAAUUGUAAUGAGAAUCAUAAAUGAAAAAUACGAUGCAAAACAUGAUUAGAGGUCACCAUUAAAUAUAUGUAAACAGAAAUAAUGUAGAUAUACAUAUUAUCAGCAAUGCUUAAAAUCAUGUAAUUCACUAUAAAGUUAUAUAAAUUCACGAAAACUGACAGAUUAUCUUAUCUAAUGCUGGAGUCUCGGUUGCUUGAUCCGGCAAAUAGAUUUGUCUGAACAUUUUUACAAAGGCGUUGCCAUUAAGCCGGCUAUAACAUGCUCAUUUCAAGUCUUAUUCAACAAGUUCAUGAAAAAUGGUUCACUGUGCAAAAAAAAACGACGCAAGGAGUGCAAUCGGCCAGAGAUGCUGUAUUUCGUGGUGGAUUGAUUAUAAUAACUGGUAUACUCAUAGUAUGGAUAUCAAUUUUUCUUUAUACUGCAUUUUACUAUGCCUACAUGCCAAGUAUGACUUAUUCAAGACCUGUACAUUUACAAUUUAAAUCAUGUGAUCAAGAGAGAGGUGUAUGUAGCUUUCCGUCGGCUCAUGUACAAUUGACAAAGAAGCAACAGUUACUCAUGGUUGGUCAGCCGUACAAAGUAAACUUGCAAUUAGAAAUGCCAGAAUCUCCAGCCAAUAAAGAGCUUGGUAUGUUUAUGGUUUGUGCGCAGUUACGCAGUCGAGAUGGAGUACUUGUUGAUCAUGCGUGCAGAUCAGCCAUGUUACAUUAUCGCAGUACUUUAUUGCACAUGCUGACUACUCUUACUUAUUCACCCAUGAUGAUUUUUGGUAGUACUGAAGAAAAACAAAAUAUUAUCCUAGAAUUAUUUGGAAAUUUUGAAGAAGAUCAAAGUCAUCCUGUAACACUUAUUUAUGUUGAGAUUCAAUCUAGGCAUAUUGAAUUUUAUUCAGCCAACAUAAUGAUCAAUGCUCACUUGUCUGGCCUACGCUAUUUAAUGUUUCAUUGGCCCAUUUUGUCAGCAAUUGUCGGCAUUAGUACCAACUUGUUUUUCAUAGUACUUGUAUGUAUUUUAUCAUACUUACAUUUUGCUAGUGAAGAAGAAAAUGCCGAUGAAAGCUUUAGUUAUGAAAAAGGUGACUCCUCGGAAGAAGACAGAGAUCUCAAAUUUCCAGCAACUUCAGAUACUUCCUCUAUUGAAGACACAUCAUUAUUAGAAGACAUUCCAAAAUCUCAAGAUGACAGUCCUUCGCUCUCUUCAACAGAUCCUGUCUUAAGUAAAUCUAGUUAUAUUCAAGAAUUAUCACUAAUGUCAGAAUCAACCAAAGAGGAACUCAACAAAUGAACAUAUUUUUCAAUUAUUCUUAUUUCUAAUGUAUAGAAAAAAGGGAAAAGACCUAGGUUUAUGCGAACGAGGAUCAAUUUCUAUGGCAUUUUUAGUUAAUCAAUCCUUGAUAAGAUUGAUAUCUUGUGAUAUUUAUCUUUCAAAGUACCUGAAGAUUUUUGUACAUUUCGCAAAGCAUUUAAACAUUUGUUACAAUUUAUGUAUUUAGUAAUGCGUUGUUGUUAUUACUUCAGAUCAAGUAAACUAUAUUUUUUUCGGUUUUUAAUUUAACUAUAAAUUUAUAUCAAAAUGACAAAUUAAAUAUUAAGACAAGAUGACAUUUAUUGAAUGAUUAAUUUUUGAAUCAUGGUAUAAUAGAUUUUGAAAGUUUCACUUGUUCUCAAGUAAAGUUUAAUUGCAACAGCUAUGUAACAAAAAUGAUUAGAUUUGUAAUACUUAAAAAUUUAUUACACAAGUCAAACUCUUGCAUAAAGUCGCAAAGGUUUUAAGAUUAAUAAGUUUUAAAUUAUUAUAAUUUUUAUAUUGUAUCUAUAAAUAGUAUGUUUCUUUUUCUGUCAGAAAAAUUUGAUAACUAUUUUUGUGAUAAUCCUCGUAUAAUAUAUAUUUUUUCAA